AUGCACAUAGUCCUGGUAAGCAACAUUAGCAACUACCACUGGACUUGGUCAGAACAUGAAUUCGGCCCAGAAAUUCAAACAACCACCUGCCCUGUUGGUUUCGACACCCUUGAAGCAUUGCCAAACGUCUUGGCUAUCUGCACAUCGAGCACAAGCAACUUGCCGAACCAAAAUCCCUUCAGCCGCAUUACCAUGACAUUCAGAGUGGCAUCUCUGUCGUCGCCUCCGAUGUGGAUGCCUCAACGUUUUGAGAUCUUGCGCAGCCUGUUCCAAGCAUACGUGGACGCCGGUGUCAUCACCUGCAAUGACAAGCUUGACGACUACCGCGAUGCCACUAACGGCAGCAAGACUGAGGAUACUCCAGGCCUCCAAAUUCUUGAACUUGCAAGGCACAUCGAGAACGACGUCUCUGCUCGACUCUUGAGACAGAUAGUCAUCCGGGCUCUGACAACCGACCUCAAGGAUGAAGGAUGUGACAUAGCCACUGCUGUGAGUGCCGUCCGGAAGUGUCACGAACUUUUUGUUGCACAAAGAACAACCAUUGCCAAUCAAGGUAAGUUGCUUUCCGGGUGUGCAUUGUGGAUAUGUCAAGUUGACUAA